UAAAGGAAAAGAGCACUCCCCUUCAAAUUCCAAACGUAACAAAGGAAAGCCCGAGCCCAAAAAACGAAAGCGAGCCAAAAAUUGAGGGCGAGAAGCCGACAACAGCAACCCAGCCGCCGCAUGCUCCCCUCCUCCCCCAAACUGAAAAACAAACAAAUCCCCACCUCCUCCCCUUCUCCGGCCUCCGCUCGUCCAUCUCCGCCCAUGUGGCUUCCCUGGGUGAAGACUCGCCCUUCCUCUUCCCCCUCCUCCGCCACCUCCACCGCGCUGGUUGCCGGCGCCUCCCCGCGCUUGUCCUUCUCCUCCCCCUCCCUCAAGGACCUCCAGGCCCUGCUCCUCUCCGACCACGCCACGCCCUCCCCGCCGCCCGCCGCGCCCUGCUCCCCCUCCUCCGUCCGCGUCUUCCAUCGCGUCCACGUCGCCGCCUCAGCCCUCCGCGCGCUCCGCACCCUCCAGGCGCCGUCGUCCGCCGCCGCCGCCGAGGCCGACCGCCGCGUCGUGCUCUACUUCACCUCGCUCCACGUCAUCCGCAGCACGUACGAGGACUGCCGCGCCGUGCGCGCCAUCCUGCGCGGGCUCCGCGUCUCCGUCGACGAGCGCGACCUCGCCAUGGACCCGCGCUACCUCCAGGAGCUCGCCGCCCUCCUCCCGCGCGCGUCCCGCCGCGUCACCCUCCCCCAGGUUUUCGUCGGCGGCCGGCACCUCGGCGGCGCCGAUGAGGUCCGCCGCCUCCACGAGGCCGGCGACCUCCGCCGCAUCGUCGCCGGCGCUGCCUCCCUCGCCGCCUGCGGCCGGUGCGGCGGCGAGCGUUACGUGCUCUGCGGCAGCUGCAACGGCAGCCACAAGCGGUACAGCGUCAAGGGCGGCGGCGGCUUCCGCACCUGCGCCGGCUGCAACGAGAACGGCCUCGUCCGGUGCCCGGAUUGCUCCCCGCCGGACGUCUGACGAUCCAGAUCCAAAAGGUCCCAAUCUGAUAGCUACUAAAUGCUUUCUUCGUAGUUUCAAAUCAAACUUGAGAUAAGAAACGAGCCUUGUGUGUAGUUGUUAAUCUUACUCGUUAGCCUAGUGUUGAUUGGUUGCUAUGUGAAUGUGGCCAUCUGCACUUCUUUUUUAGCCCUUGUCUAACCAACGCCUCUAAUGUUGGCUGUUGUAGUAGGAUUUAUAACAGUUGUUGAUUUUCUUGCUUCUUUGGCUACU